AUUUUGUUUUCGACACUAAAUAUAAUAUGUUAGGAAUGUUUAGACAAAAAUGUCGACAAAAUUGUUGAAUAAAGAGAUCGAAAAUAUUGACCACGACUUAAGUGAAUUGUCUAAACUGGAACUAUUGGCACAAAGAGCUAACGUUAGGACACAGUUGGCCUAUGAGGUCAACAGAUUAACAUUACGGCGAAAACAAUUGAUACGCCAAUUGGACACAUCAUCGCCGCCAACAACAGUGGUGGACGAUACUAUCGAUACCAACAAUCAUUUCAAUAAUCACAACAACAAUAGUAGUCAAACCAAAGACACGACAACGUCGGCGGCCAGCGAUGAAGAUAAGGCACAUUCGGUGAACUCUCUGUCGCCAAACAGUAUCAAAGAGGAGGGCUAUGCCAGCGAAGACAAGUCAGAGCACACACCAUCGUCGACCACCAGUAAUAAUACGUUCAGCCGAUUUGCCAGAGGUUCGGCCCGAUUGUCGAUGAACGUCAACAGUCUGGAUAUUUGGUCCGAUGCUGCCGAUAGACAACGCUCGCCUCAGCGUAGUUCGGCUAAAGAGUUAUACAAAAACUACAAUUCGCUGCCAAAGCACAUGAUCUACGGUUCGUCAAACAAAAACAACAACAACAGAAGGUCAUCGCCGUCAUCCUCAUCAUCGGUAAAUAGAUCGCUAUCCAUUGAGGACAUUAAACAACAACAAGAGAUAGCCGAUGCCGAUGAUCAUCAUAACAACAGUAGUGAUAAUAAUAGCCAUCCAAACAAUAAUUCCGAUCCACACAUCAAAAAUGUGACAAUGACUGUACAGUCGACUGUGAUAGUAAAAAUGGCCAAAGAGUCGGGUCCACUGGGCAUACAUGUACUGCCCGAUAGUGAUAAUAUGUGUGAAAAAGGUUUGCUAAUUAUCGGUAUCGAACCCAAUGGCCGCAUCGAUCGUGAUGGCCGAUUCAAUGUCGGUGAUGUUAUCAUCGACAUCAACGGCCAAAGUCUUAACUAUAUGGACUUUGAUGGCGCUCAGCGUGUAUUCAAAGAUGCCCUAACCAGUGAUGAGAUUAAACUUUGUCUAAUUAAAUGUAAUCAAAAUGUUAGUGAAAAUAUCGGCUCAAUUAGUAAUAGUGGUAGUAGUUUGCGGCUCAAGCCGUCGUGUCCGCCACCGGUACUGCCGAAGCCAGUGAAUGUUAUGCGCCAACAUCAACAGCUUCGGGCCAUCGAAGGUAUGGUCGAAGGUGAGGAACGAGCUGUUCAGCCAACUAAACUGGCCACUGUUACGCCCACCAAAAAGAUGACGCCAACUAUUAUUACUACCAAUAGUGCUGCUAUUACUACUGCUACUACUACCGGUAAUACCGGUACUAAUCAUAAACCGACUCCCACUACUGCAGCAUUAGUUGUGGCCAAUACACGUAAAAUUGGCAAAAAAUAUCACAUUCAACUUAAAAAAGGUCCCGAAGGACUUGGAUUCAGUAUUACUACCCGUGAUAACCCUACAGGUGGUUGCGCUCCCAUCUAUAUAAAAAAUAUACUAUCGAACGGUGCCGCUGUCGAGGACGGCCGACUUCGAUCAGGUGAUCGCCUACUCGAAGUGUGCGGCAUCGAAAUGACUGGCAAAACCCAACCCGAAGCUGUAAAUAUAUUGCGUACCCAACCGAUGGGUACGAUUGUCGAUCUGAUUGUCUCCCGUCAGGAGGUUGAUCUGUCACCGUCGCCUAUGCAACCGAGACAAUUGCCGCCGGAAAAGUCAAGUAGUGUUGAAACAGCUGUUGGUGGCAAUGAACGCGAAGUAUUGACAUUUGAAAUACCAUUGAACGAUACGGGUUCGGCCGGUUUGGGAGUCAGUAUGAAAGGCAAGACAACUACUGUCAGAGGUGUUACCGAAGAUUUGGGUAUUUUUGUCAAAUCGGUGAUCCAUGGUGGCGCCGCUUCCAAAGAUGGCCGCUUGAAGACCAACGACCAGUUGGUUAAUAUUAACGGCAUUCCAUUGUUGGGAAUGUCCAACAGUCAGGCAAUGGAAACCUUGCGUCGGGCUAUGAUCCUGAGCGACGGUCCAAUUGCCAAUCCGAAUGCCAUUACCGUAACCAUUGCCCGAAAGUUGUCUUCGUCGGCAAUGUCGAUGACUAAUCAAUUUCAUGAUAUUAAUAAUGGUGUCCCCAAUUCGGCUCAUCAACGAAAUGAUUCCCAGUUGAGUACCGUAUCUAAUGAAUCGUCAAAUGGUUUAUCAAAUUCAGAUAAUAACUACAACUACUGUCAGAAUACUACUAUGAAUUCAGACGAUUAUUCGUAUAAUAAUUACAACGAUAAUAGUUAUCCAUCGGCCACCAGUACCGGCGGCGACAACACUGUUAUAUAUCAUCCAAGAAGCGAAUCAAUACAGUCUAAUACCAGUAGAUCACCGCUAAAAGAGUCACAAAACACGCCGUCCAGACAACACGAGUUGUCACCGACGAUGAUGAUGACACCGCCGCAGACACCAUUGAAAACACGCCAAUCAUCUGCUGAUGAGACAUAUAUUAAACAAUUAUAUACGAUUGAUGGCCAAACCAUUUAUGGCUCAACGAAAACGCCGAAUAAUAAUAAUAUCAUCACUCGAAGUGAUGUACUUAUCGAAAGAGAUUGUACCGAAAAUGAUACUAUUUAUAGGACAGGUGGUGUUGGCAGCGGUGGUGGUGGUGGUGAUAGCAGUAUUAACGAUGGCAACAACAAUAAUAAUGGUGGUGAACAUCAACUACAAAGUCAACAAUCGCUUAAUGGCGGUAACAACGAUGAAGAAGAUCCCGAUGGAUUCAGACGCGACGGUUUCGGUAGGCAAUCGAUGUCCGAGAAACGACACGCACAGUUGGACGCAAAAAAUACCGAUACCUAUCGUCGGAACAAAAAGACCAAAGAGGAAAGGGAACGACUGGGCCGUGAAAAGGAACAACAAAUGCCAGAUUCGACACCACAGUCACAACAACAUCAUCAACAGCAACAACAACCGGUGACACCGAUCCACAAUCAAUCGGAUCUGAGUCCACAUGAAUUAGUAUUUCAUAAAACAGUUAACAAUCUUUCAUUAAUAAAUCAAAGAUCUACUUCUUGUGAUUCUUUAACUUUUACCACUACUUCUACUACUCCUACUACACAUCAAACAAGGGUUAAGGAUCUGACUAAAAGCAAUCAAAAAAAAAGUGGCCGACAAUCAAAAAGCCGAAACACAAUUACAACUACAACACUGUUUUCGCCGGGGGUUUGUUGUUGGAAGUGUCGAUCGCCCGGUUCGUGUCCAUAUCAUACGGUUCGUACAUCAUCCGGUUAUUCAUCAUCGACCAAUGGCCAGGAAAUACGUGUCGGCGGUCCGACUAACCGAGAAACAUGUGUCGGACCAGCAGCAGCUGGUGGUGGUGUCGGCAUACGACGAUCGUGUAGUUUAGAAAGUUUACAGACACUGAUGCAAGACUUGCAAAAGGAACAGUUGGAGGCAACUGUCAAACCAUUUUCAACAAUAGCCCGACAUUCGACUACAUCAUCGAGAGGUCGUGUUUCCCGAAGUCGCGAAACAAACGAAAGCUUUAGGGUUGCUGUCGACCGAUCGUACGAUUUGGACAAUGACGACGACGAUGAAGACAAUAAUCAUGAAACUAUGGAAACGGUUGCCGAAGAGUGUGACGACAGCGAUAGUGGUUCUUCAGUUGAAAAUAUAUCACAACAACGUCAUCGACAUCAUCAACAACAACGUCACCACCAGCAGCAGCAACAACAACGACAACAUGAGCCCCAGCAACACAUUUACGGUACGCAAACUAUUUAUCUGAAACCUGCUGCCGGUACUGCUCACUCAAUGGCCAGUACACACUGUACGGCCAAUACGGCCACGUCUUCACAGUUGACCACCGAAGACGAAGCUCAAGGUUUUCUGAAGAAGAAAAAUAGCGGCAAAAAGAAACGUUUGUUGAAAACAUUGUUUAAGUUGGGCUCGAAAAAGGGUCGUAAGACUGAUAAACAACAACAACAACAGCAGCAACAACAACAAGGAUUAGCUGAUGAUCAUCAUCAGCCAUCAAAUGGUACGCUAAGCAACCAUCACCAAAAUGCACAACAAGUCUAUGUCAUGGAACAAGAGAGGAUACAAAUGCACUACAAGAGACUGAUGGAACAGCAACGACAGCGACAGCUUCAACAACAACAACAACAUCAGCAACAGCUUCAACGUCAGAAUUCGGGACAAAUGGUACGGUCAGUACAGCCAAUAGCGGCUCCGCGACAACAACAGCAACAGUGGAGUCAAACAAAUCACGAAACAUAUGGAAAGAUUACGCCGAUCUACGGCACAGCCGGUGAUCAUACGGCCAACUAUGAUAGCAAUGAACCGGCAGCCGGUAUGUCCCGUAACGAGCGUAUGGCUCUACUCAGGGCUCAAUACCAGCGUAUGGAAGGCAGACAUCGGAUCUAUCCGAACGAUAAUAAUGUGCCCGCAGUUUAUGAUACCUAUAGUUCGAUCAAUAGGAAACAUCAGUUUGAUCAAAACAACGAUAGAAAUCUGCUAAACAAUGCUAACCAUAAUAAUAAUACUCAAAUAUAUGUAUCAUAUCCUAUAUAUGCUAACUAUUCUCCCAGUCCUCGGCAUUUGGUUAUCUCCUCCUCUUCCUCUAAGGCAAAUAAAGAUAUCUAUGAUAAACCAUCCAAUGGUGCCAUACCUUCCAGUGCUCAAAAUAGACAGCCUAUCUAUAUAUCAUCUAAUGCGGAGAGGAUACCCAUGUCAUCAUCACAUCAGCAGCAACAACAACAACAAUUUCAACGCCAAUAUUCCGGACAUAUGCCACACCGGGGUGGUGUAGGAGGUCAACAACAAUUACCACCGAUAAGACAGCGAUCAAAGUCGGCAAUUGGCGAACGAUUUGGUGGUCAUAAUCGCAGUGGUGGUGGUGGUGGUAGUAGCGAUCAUCAACCAAAACAUAGCACACCUAGCAGCAGCAACAACAACACCUCACAAUCGCCAACAGCAACGACAACAGCAAACCAUGACUCUGGAGGCAGUGAUGACCGUAUAACCAGAAAUGAACGAAUGGAUCAAUUGAGAGCUUUCUAUCAGCGGGUCUAUCCUAACGAUCCUAUCUAUGAUUCGUACGCAUCAAUCAAUAGGAAGAAACAACAACAACAACAGCAAUCGAUUGGUAGUCAACAACAACAACAAAAUGGUCAACAAUUGUACGUUUUUGAUAACGAAAGGUCACAAUUACAGCAACAACAAGUAUAUCAUAAAAAUAGAUCACUUUUAGAUCAACAACAACAACAACAACAACACUUUGAAAACCAUUAUUAUUGAAUCUUCAAUACAUUAUUAUAUUAUAUUUUAU